UGUGCAGAUUGAAGCGCGCGUAGAGUGGAGGCGGAGUCUCGACGCGGUUGCUAUGGCGACGGGCCGCUUGUAAAUAGCGUGUUUUCUCCAUGCGAACUCGAACACAUUUCUCGCGGCGCGCGGACACGGCUGUAUCUGACCGUCAGACUCACUCAGCACAACACAGCUCCGCUUAUUUGACGAAUUUCGAUCUCAGGAAAUUGCUGUUUUGUGGACGCUUUCAUUUUUUAUCAUAAAGCAAAUAUUUGGAUGAGACAUUGGAAGAUCAACAUCAAAGUGAGGCAGUAUCUUAAGUGUGUUCUGCUGGUGUCACAGAGAUGGAGAAGUAUGAGAAGAUCAGUAAGAUUGGCGAAGGCUCGUACGGCGUGGUGUUCAAGUGCAGGAAUAAAGACACCGGACAGAUCGUUGCCAUCAAGAAGUUUGUGGAGUCUGAGGAUGAUCCCCUCAUCAAGAAAAUAGCGCUCCGAGAAAUCCGCAUGCUGAAGCAACUGAAACACCCAAACCUGGUGAAUCUGAUUGAGGUGUUCAGAAGAAAGAGAAAACUGCACCUGGUGUUUGAGUACUGCGACCACACCGUCCUAAAUGAGCUGGAAAGACACCCAAGAGGCGUUCCAGAGCACAUGGUUAAAAGCAUCAUCUGGCAAACACUUCAGGCUGUGAACUUCUGCCACAAACAAAACUGUAUCCACAGAGAUGUGAAGCCUGAAAAUAUUCUCAUCACCAAACAUCAGGUCAUCAAACUCUGUGACUUUGGCUUUGCCAGGAUCCUCACGGGUCCAUGUGAUUAUUACACGGAUUAUGUAGCGACACGGUGGUACAGAGCUCCAGAACUGCUAGUAGGAGACACGCAGUACGGCCCGCCAGUGGACGUCUGGGCAGUAGGGUGUGUGUUUGCAGAGCUGCUCUCUGGUGCUCCUUUAUGGCCGGGCAAAUCCGAUGUAGACCAGCUGUAUCUGCUCAGGAAAUCUCUGGGCGAGUUGAUUCCUCGACACCAGCAGGUGUUCAGCACUAACCAGUUCUUCAGUGGAGUUUGUGUCCCUAAACCACAGGAGAUGGAGCCUCUUGAACUGAAAUAUCCAAAUCUAUCGUACCAGGCGCUGAGCCUCAUGAAGGGUUGUCUGCGGAUGGACCCGGCUGAGAGGUUGUCCUGUGAGCAGUUACUAGAACUGCCAUACUUUGACAGUCUGCGAGAAGAGAGCGAUAGUGUGACACGUGAACUGGACCGCAAGAGACGUACACGCAAACCACGCAAACACCUGCCUCCUGGGUACCUGCCUCAGUUGGCCAGCAGUACCAUCUUCCCAGCCGUGGAGAACAGAAAAUGCUACAACAACCUGCGCAAAUUCAACUAUCAUCUGCCCAACAUAUGAUGGAUGUCAACUCAUCAAGAACCCGAGAACUGACCGACCACCUCCCAGCUUGUGUAUGUAUGUGUGUGGGUGUGUGUGUGUGUGAGGAUAGACAAAGGGCUCUGCUCUGCCUGUAGAACAAUGAUGUCACACUGCCAAAGACUCACAGAGGCAUUUCUGUAAUAUGUAAAAUGACAACAGCAAUACUAAUAUUGUUAAAACUGAAUGCUGUGUUUAAUAGUUGGAUUAGAAACUGACAUCAGUGCUGUAGAAGAGUUUGCUCUGUGAGAGAAUUUUUUUUUUGUUUUUACCUCUAUUAGAUCCAGAUAUUUUUCUUUAUUAUAAAUCCUAAUGAUGCUUCAUGUAUGUUUGAAGUGUGUAUAUAUGACUAAAAUCAUUUCUAGAGACGUAACCAGACCCAGACAGAAUCAACACACUUUUUUCAGAUUUUCUGUAGAUAAAAACUGUGGAAUUUUCCAGUAUGGAUUUUAAAAAUCAGAAUUCUGAGUUGCUGAAAGUACAAUCAAGUUAGCCAAAUUAUUUAAUAAAUGAAGGCUUUGGGGAUGUGUAGAACUCGUUUGAAUUGUGCAGAAAUCUGUGGCUCUUUCUGUGUGGGCCUGGACAUAAUCCUGUAUUUUGUUUAACAUUUAUUACCCCAUUGUGGACAUAAUGAUAUUUUUGUUGCCUUUAUGACUGGUGCUAAUAAUUGAGCCACUGACUUGCACCAGAUGCCAAAUUUGAGAGAUGUGAUU